AUGUUUCUUCCAAAAGGAAUCACAUCGAGAAGAUUCUUAUCUUCGUCAUUAACUAGAUCUUCCAAACAGAUCAAGCAGAAACAACCAUUUCUCUUUUCUGGCUCAAGAACUUCUCCACAACAUGGCUUCCAACAACCACCUCUUCAAGCUGGUUUCCCAUUUGUCAAAAUAUUCAAGUAUGCUUUAGGUGCGACUGUUUUUGGAACAAUUGCUACCGGCGCAUUUUUGGUUUACAAGAUUUAUCAAGAAGGCCAGCCAGUUGACCAGGUUCCUCAAGCUCCCUUUUUCCCCGAUGGACAAAAAAGAAAAACCCUUGUCAUCUUGGGCUCCGGUUGGGGAUCAAUCCCACUUUUGAAGAACUUGGACACCACCAAGUAUAAUGUCGUUAUUGUCUCGCCUAGAAACUACUUUUUGUUUACUCCAUUGUUGCCAAGUUUGCCCACCGGUACUGUUGAAACACGCUCUAUUAUCGAACCUGUAAGAUCCAUUACCAGAAGAACUCCUGGUGAAGUCAUCUACUUGGAGGCUGAGGCUACUGGCAUUGACCCACUGAAGAAUGAAUUGACUUUGAAACAAAGUACAACUGUCCACUCUGGUCACUCUGGUAAGGAUACUACUUCAUCGAAAUCUACAGUUGCUGAAUAUACUGGUGUUGAAGAGAUUACCACUACAUUGAACUAUGACUACUUGGUUGUUGGUGUUGGUGCUCAACCAUCAACGUUUGGUAUUCCAGGUGUUGCAGAACACUCUACCUUCCUCAAGGAGAUUAGUGAUGCUUCUACAAUUAGACGUAAAUUGCACGAUAUCAUUGAAGCCGCAAACUUGUUGCCAAAGGAUGACCCAGAAAGAAAGAGAUUGUUGCAAGUUGUUGUCUGUGGUGGUGGACCAACUGGUGUUGAAACUGCUGGUGAAAUCCAAGACUAUAUCGACCAGGACUUGGCUAAAUGGAUCCCUGAAGUGCAAGGCGAGUUGAAAGUUACUUUGAUUGAGGCAUUGCCAAACGUGUUGAACUCUUUUAAUCAGAAAUUGGUUGAUUACACUAAACAAGUUUUCCAAGACACAAACAUCAAUUUGUUGACCAACACAAUGGUUAAGAAGGUUGAUGAUAAGACUGUUAUUUGCUCACACAAAAACCCUGAUGGAUCAACCUCAAAAUUAGAAGUUCCCUAUGGUGUAUUGAUUUGGGCCACUGGUAAUGCUACUAGAUCCUUCACUCGUGAUUUGAUGUCCAAAAUAGAGGACCAGAAAAACGCCAAGCGUGGUCUCUUGAUUGAUGAGUUUUUGAAAGUCGAUGGUUCUGACAAUAUCUAUGCAUUGGGAGACUGUACUUUUAGCAAGUAUCCACCUACUGCCCAAGUUGCAUUCCAACAAGGUGAAUACUUGGCCAAGUUAUUUGACAAGAUUCACGAAGUUGAGUCAUUAAAGUACCAAAUCCAACACCCUGCUCAAAACCAAAAAGUGGAGAGCUUGACUAGGAAAUUGGACAGAGUCGAAAAGAACUUGCCUAAAUUCAAGUACAACUACCAAGGUGCAUUGGCUUACAUUGGUAGUGAAAAAGCAGUGGCAGAUUUGGUUUGGGGUAAUUGGUCAAACAUCACAAGUGGUGGUGGAUUCACCUUUUUGUUCUGGAGAUCUGCAUACAUUUACAUGUGUCUCUCAGUAAAGAAUCAAGUACUCGUUUGUUUGGACUGGGUUAAAGUGUGGAUGUUUGGAAGAGAUUGUUCAAAGGAGUAA